CAGUGCAAAGCCUUUCGUCUGCUACGGUACGGGCAGUACGGGGCUUAGCACGCACCGGCAAGCGGUUGUCAGUUGUGUGCGAGGAUUUGCACGUGAUUUGUUAACAUGGAGGAACUCCACAUCGCCAUGGAAUUGGUUGAAUCUGACAGUGAAGAUGAGGAACUCGACGCAGUGUUGUGUCAAAUUGGUGCCCAAUUGGUCCGCAGCGAUCGUAACCGCACACCUAGAUACUACGAGGAAGUUGUGGCCCGUUAUUUUGACUACGAAUUCAAGCGCCUGUUUCGGCUGUCAAGAGAGACGUUCGAAACACUCGUGGGGCGCUUCAAGUCGUCGCCCUUUUUUCCUAGGCCGCGGGGAGGACGCCCCCAAAUCCCAGCGGAGAAAACUUGCCUGAUUUCUCUCAGCUACUUGGGCACGCAGAAUAGUAUGUAUAGAAUCGCCGAUACCUUUGAUGUCUCCGAGUCAUCCGUGUCUUUGUGCUUGAAACGGGUUCUUGACUUUCUCUUUAGCAUCAGUGAUGAAGUGAUUGCUUGGCCCAGCGAUCAAGAGCGGGCAAAUAUCAAAGCAGGCUUUGCUGCUAGGAGCGACGGUAAAGGUCCGAGGAACACUAUUGGGUGUAUUGAUGGUUGCCACAUAGAGAUUCCGCACCAGAAUGAAUCACCGGCAUCCUACUACAAUAGAAAAAAAAUUCCUUCAAUCAUUCUUCAAGGAAUCUGCGAUGCAAACAGCCGUUUCACUGACAUUUUUGUUGGUUACCCUGGCAGCGUACACGACGCACGUGUGCUGAGAGAGAGCCCCUUCUACGGCACUGCAGAAUCUAAGUGUGCCGGCGAUUAUUUACUAGGGGACGCAGCGUACUCGCUCCUUCCAUGGCUAAUGCCUCCAUACAAGAACAACAGGGCCACGUUUGAGCGCUACAAGCGAAAGUUUAAUAAGAGGCUCAGCCAGCAACGCGUAGCUAUAGAACAUGCCUUUGGCAUUUUGAAGCAGCGCUUCAGGCGGUUAUCUCUUGUGGAUGCAGACACCAUUGAUCAGUGUUGCCUCAUUGUCACAGCAGCAUGUGUGCUACACAAUUUAUGUAGCAGAAGUCGCGACACAUUGAGCAACUUCGAGGAUUUACCGAGGGAAGACGACAUUGAAAAUGACAACGAUGGAGCCAUCACAAGCACUGCAGCUGUUAGAGAGAUGUGUAAACGCCGACGCAAGAACAUUGCCGAAACGCAGUGCUGAGACUUCAGGUUCAGUGUUUUACAUGCUUGUGUGAACUACUUUGCAAGAACAUUGCCGACACACAGUGCUGAGACUUUUAAAUGUUUUGCAUACUUGUGUGAACUGCUUUUGCCGACACGCAGUGCUGAGACCAGAUUAAGUGUUUUACAUGCUUUUGUGAACUACUUUGCAAGAACAUUGCCGACACAAAGUGCUGAGGAGACUUUUAAAUGUUUUGCAUACUUGUGUGAACUGCUUUUGCCGACACACAGUGCUGAGACCAGAUUAAGUGUUUUACAUGCUUGGAAUUACUUGGCAAGAACAUUGCUGACACACAAUGCUGAGGAGACUUUUAAAUGUUUUGCAUACUUGUGUGAACUGCUACGCAAGAACAUUGCCGUCAAGACUUGAAAUCGUGUGUUUCACACGCUUUGCUCCUCCGAUUUUCACCUUCCUAUGUGAUUUGUACCAAUGCCAUAAAACGAGACUUCAUGAGAACAAGAAGUUUAUUUUUUUGCUUCAUACGCUGUCACAAAACGUUCCAGCAGGGCCAUUUUUUCUGUGUGUCGAGCAGCCCUGUUUUUUUCAAUCUCUUCAAGCGUUCUCAGCAGCUGCACCAAAGGCGGAUCUUUCGCCUUACGCUUCUGCACUUC